AUGUAUUACAAAGUUGUAAAAUUCAUACAAGUUGCUGAUAUGUUUGGAGCUGAUAUAACAUUGAAUAUUUAAAAUAAAGGAAAGUUUACUUCUGUUUUUGGAGGCUUCAUGAGUUUAAUAGUAUGGAUUGUAAUGCUUUACGUGUUUAUAUCAUAAGGAGUAGAUUUAAUUAAUAGAGUGGAUUAACAAGUAUAACUUUUUUAAGAAUAAGGCUAUCACUAGAACAAUAAAUGACAUAAGUCCGAAUGCUAGAGUUCUCAAUAUCUCUAAUUUUAUGAUAGGUAUUAAGUUAGAUGAUCCUUUAUAAACUUUAUUUAAUACCACAAAUUAGACAAUGUUUAACAUUACUGUUUAUUAAAAUCAUAUUACAACAUUUCCUAAUAGAACAAGAAUUAAAUCAAUUAAUACAAGUUUAAUUCUAGAAUAAUGCACUAGUUAACAUUUUUAAUCCUUAGAUUUAAUAUCGGAUUCUGAUUAAUUAGAAACUUUCACUAAUUAUUAUUGUUUACCUUUAAAUUAUUCAUUUGUUUUGGAAGGCACAUAUAACUCCUAACAUUUUUAAUAUACUUAAAUUAAAGUCUCUGCUUGUAAAAAUUCAACGUAAUGUUUUACUACUGAUUAAUUAAGUCUAUUAUCAGAAAGAUAAACAUUUAAAUUAUCUACUUUAAUGUUUACAACCAUUAUCAAUCCAUUUUCUAAUGAUGCAAUAAUAUCACAAUAACUUUUUUAGGAUUUUUAUUAAUAAACUAAAAAACUUUAAGAAUAGGUAUCAGAUAUAUUUUUGGAACCCAAUACUUUAGAGAUUGAUAAUUCUGUUUUUCCAUUUGAAAAAGAUUCUUUCUUUGGAGAAUUUUGGUCUUUUCGCUUGGGAAAUAUCAGAAGUUUUAUUGUAAUUAAUAUAAAAUAAUUAGAAUGACUAUGUUGAACCAACUGGUUAUUUUACUGUAAAUCUUAGAAUUUCUUCAGAAUAUUAUUCAUCAUUUAUAUCAUUUAAAAAAUUUGGUGAUUUCAUUUCCUUUAUUGGAGGAACUUUAAAAGUGAUUACUAGUUUAAUUGGUAUUAUUGUAAUUAAGUAUAAUAUAAUUGGAUUUAAAUUAAUGUUAGCUAAUACUUUAUAUUAGUGUAAAUUAAAAGAUGAUUCAAGAUCUUAAAAGAAGGCUGAAUAAAAUGAUAUUUUUAAAUUCAUUUAAAAAGAAAAAGAAAAAGCAGAAGCUAUGUUAUAAAAAUUUAGAGGAUCUACAAAGAAAUUGUUCUAAUUUAAUAAAGUUACAGGAAUUUUCAAAUCUUAAAGAUUUACUUAAAUCAAUAAAUCAGAUACAGAUUUACUUAAAGAUGUUCAGUAACCAAAUAAUAUAAAAGAAAUAGAUUCAGUAAAAUUAGAACCCACAAGUCAUGAAUAUAAAUCAAUAGAUCAUCUUAAAGAUUCAUUCAUAUAAAAUAUGGUUGAAUAAUUGCUUAUGGCUAAUGAGAAAAUUAAAUUAGGAUUGAAUUUUAUAGUCUAUUAUCUUUCUUGUUUCAGACAUAUUAAAAGAUUCAAAAGAACUUAUAUAGUUCUUCAAAAAUCAACAAUCAAUAUUAAUAAUGAUCUAGAUAUUAUUCUAAUUUUAUAAAAACUUUAAGAGAUUAAUAAAAUUAAACAUUUAUUACUUAAUAAUAAUUAAUUAUAACUAUUUAAUUAUAUUCCAUAACCAAUAAUAACAUGGGAUGGACAUUAAGUUUAAGAUUCAUAAUAAUCAAAGAAUUCAAUUGCCAAAUUAAAUGUAAUUGGCAAAGUAUGUAAAUAUGAUACUAGAAACAAAAUGUUAAAAUUAUUUAGAGCAUACUAAGAAGUGAAAAUAGAUGAAAAUGAAAAAGAAAUUAAUUCUCGUUUAAUAGAAUAAUUGGGACCAAUUGUUUAAAAAGUUUUUCAAUAAUCUCAUUAAAUUACAGAAGACUAUAAUAAAAUGAAAUAAUAAGAAGAAGAUAAUCAUAUUAAAUCAAAUUAAAGACCUCCAUUAAAUACUACAAAUUUAUCUUAACGUGAUAAAAUGUAGACUUAUGGUCCAAAUUAUUUGUUAUCAAAAUCGGAUGCAAUAGAAAUUGAAGAUAUUGCUUAUGAUUGA